AUGAAAAACCCCCUCUCACCUAAAGUUGUUGUUGUUCGCGCGCUGCUGCUUUCGGGGUUAGCGCUUCCGCUGUGCAUCGCAUCAUCGAUAUCGACAAACACGCCAGCUUCGCCGUGUUUUCAAGUUCUCAACGACUUGUUGGAAGAAAGCGGCAAAGUUUCCGCGCAAAACGGUCGCACUUCAUCAGUUUCGUCUUCCUUGUUCUCAAACGCCGUUCAAUAUGCGUUGUCUGCUGGGGUCAACAAUCGAGCCACGUCGGAAGGGAGCACGAGUUUAGGUAUCGGAUCCUCGUCUUCAGCGAGAGGUAGCUUCGCGUCUGGAGUGUUUGCAAACGCUGCGGCAGAAGGUGCGAGUUCUUUCGGAGGGGGCACGGAUGCGACUGGCGUUUUAUCUGCUGCUCUCGGAACGUAUACAAGAGCGUCGGGCGUUUCGAGCAUGGCUACGAAUGUUGGGUCGGAGGCGACGAGCGAUGCCUCCUUUGCUGCAAAUUUAUUAACGAAAGCGACAGGAAUUGCUUCUUCAAGCUUCGGCAAACAAACUAUCGCGAGCGGUGACUACGCAAACGCAUUUGGUGAGAGAUCAGAAGCAAGGGGAAGAUCGAGCAUGGUAUCCGGAGAGCGCAACCGAGCAAACGGGAGAGCUUCUGUGGCAUCAGGUUUGUUGAGCUUAGCGCAAGGAGCUGGAAGUUUCGCACAAGGCCUUCUCGCGCAAUCCUAUGGAUCUGGAGGAUUCGCGAGCGGUAUUAUGGCCCGUAGCUUUGGUGAAGGAAGCGGCGCGUUGGGUAUAUCUUCAUUCGCGGCAGGUUUGUCCAGUUUUGCAAACGGUUUGAACGUUCGCGCUAAUCUUGGUAUUGCCAAUUUCGCAUCCGGGGCAAAUUCGCAAGCGUCUGGUCGUUUGGCGUCUGCGGCGUUCAAUCUAAACACUACCGCCGGUGGAAGUGCGAGUGCGUCUUUCGGCAACGGCACUUUAACGAAAGCAGAAACGAGCUUUGUCAUCGGUCGAAACAACGCGAUUGAAGUCAACGCCUCGAAUUCUUUCGUGGGUGGUGAAAAUUCGAUCGCCUAUGACGCAAAUAGUUUCGUCUUUGGCAAAAAUGUCGUUUCAAGAGGUGAGAAUAACGCCGUUUUCGGCGGCACGGUAUACGCGGAUAAUUUUAAGUUAUCCAAGGGCACGUUUGGUGACAUCGGGAAAAUGGCGGAUCGUAUCAAUGAGUUAGUGCGUGUGGCGCAAAACUUGAACGACCGCGUCACGGAGAUAGAGUUAAAGUACAUUGGGAAGUAA